AUGGCGAAUCCCAGAAGCCUCUUUUUUGUCUCGCUUCUCUUUUUGUUCAUAAACUCCGGCGUCUCUGCUGUAGUCACUUACAAUGUGGCCGAUUUAGGAGCUAAACCAGACGGCCAGACGGACUCAACCAAAGCCUUCCUUUCUGCUUGGAGCGAAGCAUGUGCCUCGGCCAAUCCAUCGGUCAUUUAUGUCCCGGCGGGAAGGUUCUUGCUUCGCAAUGUGGCCUUCAGUGGACCAUGUAAGAACACAGCCAUCACUGUUCGCAUUGCCGGCACACUCGUGGCCCCGACAGAUUACCGGGUCAUAGGAAAUGCCGGUAACUGGCUUUUGUUUGAGCAUGUGAAUGGGGUUACAAUCUCUGGUGGAAUUCUUGACGGACAAGGCACUGGUCUUUGGAAUUGCAAGGCUUCCGGCAAUAGUUGCCCCAGCGGAGCAACUACGCUUGGGUUUUCCAACUCCAACAACAUUAUUGUGAGCGGAGUGAGCUCCCUAAACAGCCAAAUGUUUCACAUAGUCAUCAAUGGCUGCAACAAUGUAAAAAUGCAAGGUGUUAGAGUUUCUGCCUCCGGUCGAAGCCCAAACACCGAUGGAAUCCACGUCCAAAAGUCCUCUGGCGUCACUAUUCUCGACUCUAAAAUUGCAACCGGUGAUGACUGUGUUUCGAUCGGUCCUGGAACCACUAAUUUGUGGAUCGAAAAUAUUGCAUGUGGACCUGGCCAUGGUAUCAGCAUUGGGAGUCUAGGAAAGGAUCAGCAGGAGGAGGGUGUACAAAAUGUAACAGUCAGAACUGCUACAUUUACUGGCACUCAAAAUGGUGUGAGAAUAAAGUCAUGGGGAAGACCUAGUACCGGGUUUGCCAAGAACAUUCUUUUCCAACAUGCUGUGAUGAUUGAUGUCCAGAAUCCAAUUGUCAUUGAUCAAAAUUACUGUCCCGGGGAGAAAGAUUGCCCGGGUCAGGUUUCGGGAGUUCGAAUCAGCGAUGUGACAUAUCAAGACAUCCACGGGACAUCGGCGACAGAAGUUGCUGUGAAAUUUGAUUGUAGUUCUAAGUACCCUUGUAGCAACAUCACGCUGGAUGAUGUGAAGCUCAGUUACAAGAACCAAGCGGCCGAAGCUUCAUGUAGCCAUGCCGGUGGAACAGCGGAGGGUACGGUUCAGCCUACAAGUUGUCUUUAG